AUGGCAUGUUAUCCCCUGCAAAUUGCCGGGCUGGUUCUUGGGUUCUUUGGCAUGGUUGGGACCAUUGCCACAACCCUUCUGCCUCAGUGGAGAGUAUCAGCUUUUAUUGGCAGCAAUAUUAUCAUCUUUGAGAGGAUCUGGGAAGGGCUCUGGAUGAACUGUAUCCAGCAAGCAAGGGUGACAUUGCAGUGCAAGUUCUAUGACUCCUUGUUGGCUCUCCCACCCGUCCUGGAAGCAGCACGGGCUCUCAUGUGCGUGGCCGUGGCCCUCUCCUUCUCUGCGCUUCUGAUUGGAAUCAGUGGCAUGAAGCAGGUCCAGUGCACGAGCACUGACGAGAGAGUCAAAGCCUACCUUCUGGGAGCUUCAGGAGUCCUCUUCAUUCUGACCGGCAUCUUUGUUCUGAUUCCAGUAUCCUGGACAGCCCAUAUCAUCAUCAGGGAUUUCUACAACCCAGCCAUCCACGCCGGUCAGAAACGAGAGCUGGGAGCGGCCCUUUUCCUGGGCUGGUUGACCGUGGCUGUUCUCUUCAUUGGAGGGGGCCUGCUCUGUGGGUUUUGCUACUGCAAUAGGAAGCAGCGAUGGCCCAGGUACCCAGCCCCGGCCCGCCAGGAGCCCUGCGCAGAUAAACAGAGGAACGUGCCAGUGCUCAGGAAGACCUCCACCAGCUAUGUCUAA